AUGCCGACGACGAGGAUCAACGACCUGCCACGGGAAGUGAUCGGGGCGAAGAUACUCACGAGGGUUCCGGUAACAUCGCUGAGACAUGUGCGAUCCACCUGCAAAUCGUGGGACGCUUUAACCAAGAGCUGGAUUUUGGGCCACGAAGCGACAUCAACAGAGCAGUUUCUAGGGUUCAUGACGAUGAAUUCCAAGGUUUUUACAAUCAGGUUCCAAUGCAAGCAGAAGGGCGACUCGGUUGAUCUCUCUAUGCAACAGGUAGACUUGCUAAAUCAGUUCGACAUCUCUCAAGUAUUUCACACUCAGGGCUUAUUGUUAUGCGUGACUAAGAACAAGUCGAAGUCGAAGCAGCUCAUGGUGUGGAACCCUUAUUUGCAUCAAACAAGGUUUAUCAGACCCCUACGAAAAUUCCGCACACGAGACAGGUAUGCUCUCGGAUACGAUGUCGACGGUAACCACAAAAUCAUGAGGUUUUGGAAUCGCAGCCCUCCUGGUGGUGGAAAAGAAGUGUGCGAGAUCUACAGUUUGAGCUCUGAUUCAUGGAGGGUCCUCAAGGUCACUCCCGACUGGGAUAUAGGUUAUUCUCGCAUCGGAGUGUCUGUCAAGGGAAACACCUACUUUUAUGCUGGUGACAAGUGUGAUGAUGAGGUUGGAGAUUUCUUAGUCUAUUUCGAUUUCACAAGAGAGGAGUUUGGACCUCGUCUGCUUCUUCCGUUUUACUCUAUUUACGAAGAGCUUGUGACCCUCUCGUGCGUUGGAGAUGAGAAGCUUGCGGUGUUGUAUUACCAGGAGGGUAUGAAUUAUGAUGGCAUACUUGAGAUUUGGGUUACUAGGGUUGAGCCCGACUGUGUGUCCUGGAGCAGCUUUCUGAGAGUUGAUUUGAGUUCAUUUCCACCCACGGGUGUUAGAUUCGACGAGUUUGACGGUGGGAGCUUCUUCAUUGACGAGCGAGAGAAAGUCGCUGUGGUGUUUGAUCUAGGUGGGAUUCCACCCAACGAGACGAACAGGACCGCUCGUGACCAAAUCGCUUAUAUCAUUGGAGAAGACGGACUCUUUGAGUCUGUGUGUCUCGGAGAAGCUCCCAAUCUCGGUGUACGUUGCCCCAAAACCGGCUAUCUUCCGCUCAUUCAUGACCACGCACUUGUUUGCUCUCCUUCUUUUCGUCCCAGUUUAGUGAGUUUAGUGCAAGACAAGCAACCGCCGCUCAAAAGGCAAAGAAGAUAUGUUUAG